UUCCCGGAGUGAGGGAACGUCUCGCGCAUGCGUGCUGGGGCCUCUGGCACCCGUUCGCCUCCCGAAUGGUGAGAAACCUCGCCUAGACCGACCUCUACGCAGGCGCAGAAGCCCAACUCGCGCUCCUCCUUUUCCACUCUGCGCAGGCGCACAAAGCCGCGCUGGCAACCUCCGCAGCGGCCGCGCGCACCCUUCACCCCGCUGCCUGCUUUUGUCUCGCGCAACCUUUUUAGGCCCUCUGCGAAAUCGGCCCUUCUUUUCCUCCGCUCUCCUCACCCAGAGAGGCAGGGGCAGAGAACCGGGACCCCGCCCUUUUUCCGUAUCCCUUCUCCUGACCAACCUCGUCUCUGUCCUCCCUCCCUUUUCGGUUCCCGAAGCCGGAAGGAGCCGAAGCGCCGACGGAAAAAAACGAAGCUGUUUCCCGUGAGUGAGGCCUUCACGAAGCGGUGGCGGAAGGAGCCGAAGUUCACCGGCUGGGGAGGAGUGAGUGCACUGUCCGGAGAGAGCCGAAGCUUGGUAUCGGGUUUAAUCCUCUGGCUGGAUCCGAGAGCCAGCGCUGGAAACCUUCAGAAAGCGCAGAAGUGCGGGACGUUUAGGAUUGUCGGAAGUAGCCGAUUGCUUGGAUAGAGCCGGCAGCGAAGAGCGGCUCGAAUCUGCGGGAGCAGCGAGAGACUGGGACGGUUUGAAUUGUCGGAAGAAGCCGAACCCUGGGGGCGGGGGGCGCUGGGCGCAGAGAAACGCGCGGACCUACGGAAACACCCGAACGUUGAAGAGCUAGUUUCCGAAAAGUUACGAUAGCCUGGGAAGCCGGUGAAAUCCUCGCUUCGGGUGUUUUCGGAAGCUGCCGGAGUCGCCGCUAGCGAUUCCUUCUACGGCCCGGAUAUAGCCGACGCUAUUUGGAGCUAGGCUCUGGGGGGGAGGGGCGGUUCGCGGGCGGGAGGGCGGGGAGAGGGGCGGAGCCGGGGCGGGGCGGGCGUCCCGGGCUUGAUUAGGUAGGAGGCGGCAGAGCGCCGGCGGCGGGCGGAAGUAGCCGAAGCGAGCGGCGGAAGUAGCCGAAGCGGCCGGAGCGGGCGGGCGGCAAGGCGAGGCCAGAGCUGCACAGGCCCUUACGCGGCCGCCUCAGCAUGUCGGACUUCGACGAGUUCGAGCGGCAGCUCAACGAGAAUAAGCAAGAGCGGGACAAGGAGAACCGGCACCGGAAGCGUAGCCACAGCCGCUCUCGGAGCCGGGACCGCAAGCGCCGGAGCCGGAGUCGGGACCGGCGCAACCGGGACCAGCGGAGCGCCUCCCGGGACAGGCGGCGACGAAGUCGCUCCCCCCGCCACGAGAAGAAGAAGAAGGUCCGUAAAUACUGGGAUGUCCCGCCACCUGGCUUUGAGCACAUCACCCCCAUGCAGUACAAGGCCAUGCAAGCUGCGGGUCAGAUUCCAGCAACCGCUCUUCUCCCUACCAUGACCCCUGAUGGCCUGGCUGUGACCCCAACACCGGUGCCUGUGGUCGGGAGCCAGAUGACCAGACAGGCCCGGCGCCUCUACGUGGGCAACAUCCCCUUUGGCAUCACUGAGGAGGCCAUGAUGGACUUCUUCAACGCCCAGAUGCGCCUUGGGGGGCUGACCCAGGCCCCUGGCAACCCCGUCUUGGCUGUGCAGAUUAACCAAGACAAGAACUUUGCCUUCUUGGAGUUCCGCUCAGUGGAUGAGACCACCCAGGCUAUGGCGUUCGAUGGCAUCAUCUUCCAGGGCCAGUCACUGAAGAUCCGCAGGCCUCACGACUACCAGCCCCUGCCUGGCAUGUCCGAGAAUCCCUCUGUCUAUGUGCCUGGAGUUGUGUCCACGGUGGUCCCGGACUCUGCGCACAAGCUGUUCAUCGGGGGCUUACCCAAUUACCUGAACGAUGACCAGGUAGGCCCCUUGCCUCCUCCUGGCUUCUCCCCUCCCAGCCUCUGGCCAAACCGGCCCUCACGGAGUUGGGCCCUGCCGCAGGUGAAGGAGCUGCUGACGUCGUUCGGGCCCCUCAAGGCCUUCAACCUGGUCAAGGACAGUGCCACGGGGCUCUCCAAGGGCUACGCCUUCUGUGAGUACGUGGACAUCAACGUUACAGACCAGGCCAUUGCGGGGCUGAAUGGGAUGCAGCUGGGGGAUAAGAAACUGCUCGUCCAGAGGGCAAGUGUGGGAGCCAAGAAUGCCACGCUGAGCACUAUCAACCAGACCCCUGUGACCCUGCAAGUGCCGGGCCUCAUGAGCUCCCAGGUGCAGAUGGGCGGCCACCCAACGGAGGUGCUGUGUCUCAUGAACAUGGUGCUGCCCGAGGAGCUGCUGGACGACGAGGAGUAUGAGGAGAUUGUGGAGGACGUGCGGGACGAGUGCAGCAAGUAUGGGCUCGUCAAGUCCAUUGAGAUCCCCCGGCCUGUGGAUGGCGUCGAAGUGCCCGGCUGCGGAAAGAUCUUCGUGGAGUUCACCUCUGUGUUUGACUGCCAGAAAGCCAUGCAGGGCCUGACGGGGCGCAAGUUCGCCAACAGAGUGGUUGUCACAAAAUACUGUGACCCCGACUCUUACCACCGCCGGGACUUCUGGUAGAGGGGGAGGGGGAGGGUGGGGGCAGGGUUGGUUGGGGGCUUCUCCCCCUCCCGCCCCCCCCUUUUCCCCCUCUGAAGAAGAUGGGCAGAGGAGUGACAGCCGAAUGACAGCCGGCAGCAACUGGAAUGGCAGCAACUGGGGGUGGGGUGGGGUGGGGGUAGGGGUGGGGAGGGCAAUGGGGGAAGUGCGCGCACAGGCCCGCACAGACACAUGCACCCACAGACAGAGGGAAGGGGUCGGGGUGGGGAGGGGGUGCACAGCAGGGCGGGGUAGGACCCCCACAGCCCCUCCCCAGAACAGCCUCUCCUUCUCCCUUUCUCCCCUCUUCCUCCCUUUCCCCACUGUAGAAACAUAGUGUGUUUAUAUUUUAUGGCCAAACUAUUUUGAAUUUUGUUGUCCGCCCGGUGCCCUGCCUUCUCCCUUUCCAGGACCACAGCUCCCGUCCUCCUGGCCUCUGGCCCCCGAGCCCUCCCUGGUUUCUUACGUAGUUGACUCUCCUCUUUAGUCUCCCUGACCUGCGCCCCAGCCCCGUGGCCCCGUUCCUCUUCUCUCUGUGGCAGUUUCAUAUUUGCUAAGACGAAUUUGCUCAUUAAACAUUUUGUUGUAUUUUACUUUA